ACUCGCUGAAGCCAGUGUUGCCAGAUUGGGCGGGAAAUCUGGCACAAUCUGGCAACACUGCGUGAGUCACAGCGCGGCUCCGUCAGGUGUGGUCACACACACACACACACACGCACACAAGCCGACUGGAGAGGAGGUCACGCCUUCGGACUUUCCCGGAACAGCAUGACCGACCACCGGGUAGGGAAGCAACCGCUGUGAUGAUUGACCUCACCCGCCGGACCCACGGUUGAUCGAGUCUCCAGCCCCCCGGGAAACCUGGACUGAACCAGAAAGAAGUAAGGACCUAACCUUGGAAGAGAUUGUCCUUGUUCACCGAGGAGAGGGGGUCAAAGUGGAAACUGUCAUAAAACCUGAGAGUGGUUUUCUCUUUUGGACUUUUCGACUGGGGCCGGGAAUAUAAAUCCGAUAAGGGGCCUCUGUUUACCCACAGAGGUCACCGACAAAAUACUACACCGCUGUCAUCAGUAGCACGAGCUAGCCUCUGCUGCAUGCCAUGCCUCUUUUGACGUGCCCAUCAAGAAGACCCACUGCCCUCAAGAAACCUCCAUCUCAACGAAGGGAGACCCAGCUGUGAACGCACUCAGGGAUAUUACCGCUGGCUGAAACGUGGUGGAAGUGAGGCUGGGAAGGAGACGUAUGAACCCCACCCCCCUCCCAGGGUAAAUCAUCUUCAGCCACCUGCCUACAGGAAUUACCCACAAUGCUUCUGGCCUGUUCCUUUACCACACUGUGAAAGCAAAACUAGUGUGAAACGGUGAACUAACCAGGCUGGUUUGGACAUAGUUGUGGUGGGUGUGAGGAAGAUAAUUACAAUACUGAAGGGGAAAUUGUCCAUGGUUUUCUGUUGGGGAAAAUAUCAGCUUUGUGGAUGAAGACAUCUGGUGCUGUUCUGAACUGGACGUGUUGAACAGUGAAGAGCGAGGGAAAAAGAAUCACGGUCAUUUUGGCGUAUGGGCCAUCUGAGACCGCCUUCUGAGUGAACUGUGAAGCUUUCCAGGCCCCGGACAAAAUGGCGGGAAAGGACUACAAUCAUCUGUUCAAACUGCUCAUCAUCGGAGACUCCAAUGUAGGUAAAAGCAGCCUUUUGCUCCGGUUCGCAGACAACUCCUUCUCUGGAAGCUACAUAACCACUAUCGGGGUGGACUUCAAGAUCCGCACGGUGGACAUCGACGGGGAGCGUGUGAAACUCCAAAUCUGGGACACGGCAGGCCAGGAACGAUUCCGCACCAUCACGUCAACCUACUACAGAAACACCCACGGGGUCAUCAUCGUGUACGACGUCACCAACCCCGAGUCCUUCGUCAACGUCAAGCGGUGGCUCAACGAGAUCACGCAGAACUGUGACAACGUCUCCAAGAUCCUGGUGGGAAACAAGAACGACGACCCCGACCGGAAGCAAGUGGACACCGUGGACGCCAUGCAGUUUGGGGAGUCGGUGGGGGUCCCGGUGUUUGAGACCAGCGCCAAGGAGAACAUGAACGUGGAGGAGAUGUUCAUGGCCUUCACCCACAUGGUGCUGCGAGCCAAGAAGCAGAGCCAGAACCGGGCUGAGAGGGAGAGGGAGCGCGAGAGGGACCGCGUGGACAUCAGCGCCCACCGCGACCGCGACCGCAAGAGGAGGGGCAAGAAGUGCUGCUGAGGCCCCAGACCCCACCUCCACCUCCUCCUCCACCUCCACCUCCCUGUCCCUGCCCACCUGUGACCAACACGCUCGCACUCGCAUGGAGAGAGAGAGAGAUAGAGGAUUGGUUGUGCCUUAACGCGAGUCCGUCUAAAGAGUGGAUAAACAUUGCCGUCAAGCCUCUGGUGAAACGUCAGCUCCUCACAGUAGCUUUUUCUGAUUGGCUCACGAGGCCAGGCCCAAUGUAACGGUCGGUACGGACACUCGUCUGGGAAACGGUGACUGCGAUGAGCUGUCCUGUGAUCGGUGUGAUUCCCGUAGCUAAGUCUGUUUCUGGGGGAUUUGACGGAGGAUGGACUACAGUGAUACAGGGUCAGUUUGCCAAAGCAACACGGAACACUAUUGGAUGAGUGACGGACAGUACAGACUCAAAAGGCCAGAGAGGGAACGGUUAUUGUUUCACCGCUGAUCGCCUGGGAAACCCAGUGGUGGAAGAGCCAGCGUGUCAACUUUGCACUGAGAGGAAUCGCAGAUGAAACGAUUGAAAAACCACUGCUAUGUGCCAACUUUUGUUUUUAAUAAUCGUAUUCUAACAGUAUGUGUUUGCUUGUUUUAUCUUCGGAAGGGAACUAGUGUGCUUGUUUCUCGUGACCAGAGCGCUUACCUAAACGAGACGCACUCAAAUGGGCAUAGUCUUUUUUUAGCAUCUUAUAAGCCUUAAUUCUUUGUAAAACGUGGUCAGUGAUGCAGAGUUAGUCUUAACGGUUGACGCAAAAUGUGAUUAGAGUUGUCAUCUAAUGAUUUUUUUUAUGAAAAUGCCUAGCAAAUAACCAAUUAAAGCAAUAAAGUAAAUAAGUCAG